GUAUAAGAAGAAAGAAGGAAAAACUACUGAUGAUUCAACACGUUUUAAAGAUGUUUCCAAUUUUUCACAUCUGGAUUUCUGGAAUUUAAAAGUUGUUUCAGUUGCAAAAAAAAAAAAAAAAGAAAUGAGAAAACAGAAAUAUGAUUUAUGAGAAACUGUUUUGUAGUAGUAAAUAAACCUGUGUAGAUGUGCAGCUGCUGCUGGACUCUCACCAAAGUGCGACUCUGCCAACGUGUCCGCUCUGUCAUUUAGUGGAACGUGUGCAGAGACUAAGUGAUGUUUACAGGCUGAAAUAUGAUGAUGUUUGUAAUCACAGAGCACGCAGGCGUCCCUGCUCUGGACGGUCCCAACCUUUCCUGAGCCACGGCACAUUUAUAGCAUCAGGGAAAAUCCCAAAGCACAGCACCAAACAAAAAUCUGACAAAAGUUUAAAUGACCCUUAUAAUUGACUAAAAUCUCAGCCUGUUUAGUUGAAGACAACGCUGUUAUACUGGCAGGAAUUGAAGAAAGACAAUCUUCAUCAACAGCUGUGAUUAUCUGCUGCCACCUAACUGGAAAAAAAGUCGGACAUUUAACAAAAUGGAUUAGACAUUUUCUAAUACGACUGAUUUUUAUUUUUUCUUCAUUUUUCUUCUCUUUGGAUAAAUGUUCCUCAGAGAGAGAUGUGCUCACGGUGUAGGUCGCUGCACCUCCUCAUUCAUCAUCUCCUGUCUUGUUUUUCCUGCUUCACACCAGUGCCCCUCCUGUACCCUCCCCCAUCCCAUACACCGUGGGCCCCUCCAGCCAAGAGAGCUGCAGGAGAUUAGAUUAACGUGGGUCUGGAAAUGAAAUGAAUAAAUCCUGUUAAAAAAACAACAAUCGACCGAAGACUGAAGGAGUCAGACAGACAAGACCCUCGCCUCUGAAGUGCCUGUGGGGGGGUUCCAUGACUUUCCAGGCAUUUAAAAUGAUCCCUGCCUCCGUAUUUCUCAGGAUGAGCGGAGUCCGAACAGAUCCAAUAAAAUCUCUGUCUUUUUCACUAUGCAAGUCCAAUAUUUGAGAGGCUCCACCCUUCCCCCCCCCACCGCUACGUUAAACAUUUGGAAGGUAAUUGCACGACAGGGAGCAGGAACAGCAGAGGAGAAGAGGAGGUGUCACCUCCUGUUAGAAGGAGGCUGUAAAAGGGUGGCAUCAGGGUCCCCGGGUUUAUGACCUGUGGGAUUAAAGGAUUUACAGAGACACGUCUGUUUACAGGUUCUCACUAUUUCAAUACAAUGCUGGAGUGUGUGUGUGUGUGUGUGAGAGAGAGAGAGAGAGAGAGGGGCCGGGGGGAGGUCAAGGGGGGGAGAACGUUAUCAGAGGCUGCAGGAACAUCUCAAAGAGAGAGGUUACAGUAAGUCAGGCUUUUGUUUGAUGUGUUGGUUCUGGGUCUGCCUGUUGUUCGUCUGAGAGGAAACCGCACUUAUUGUUAGCCCAGGAGACAGGACGUCUCAGCUCACGGCAGCAGAGACACAAGACGACAGCAGACGCCACAUCUGCACCUCCGCCAAGCAGACCUUCCUUCACACAGGAUAACUAAAAGCUGCAACAGUAGCUACAACAAACAGUCCUGGUGCAGGGAACAGAGCUAACGUUAGCUACAACAGUCCUGGUACAGACGCCAGCGCUAACGUUAGCUACAACAGUCCUGGUACAGACGCCAGCGCUAACGUUAGCUACAACAGUCCUGAUACAAAAGGCCUUAGGAAAUAGCCCUACUUUCAUAAAGGUGACCUCACGUUCCAUGGCUUUCAUGAUGUCAUCCUGAUGAGAUACAACCAGGGCAUGAACUCCAACCUUACGAAACCAACUGCCAUUAAACCACCAGGAAGAUAAACAAAGUGGAGUCGACGCUGCAGCAGGUGACAGGCCCGACCGCUGGAGCGCGCACCGCUGAGACAAUCGCUCACUUUUUACUGACCAUGGACAAAAUUAUGCCCACAUACCAGCAAUGGUGGCAUGACCGCAACAUCAUCACUGAGGACAGUUCAUCCAACAGCUUCAACCCUGAGAGUUUCAGUGUGUACCUGAGCAGCCCGACCAGGGGGGUUCCAGAGAAGAGUGCAUACAUUAGACAUGAACCUGAGGCCAGCCCCCCCCCAGACACAGUCUUCUCCAACCCUUCUUCUUCUUCCUCCUCCUCCUCCAACCCCAUCUACUCCUACACCCCGCUCUCCUCGUCCAACUCCCGUCAGUCCCUCUCUUCAUCGAACCCCGUCUUCUCGUAUCACCCCCUCUUAUCGCCCGCCCCCCUCUCCUCAGAGGGGCCCCUCCCAUCACCAGGGCCCGCUCCAUCUCAUCAGCCCUUCUCCUCACCGGGUUGCCUCCCCACAUCUCAUCACCUCACCCUAUCUGAGCCGUUGUUCUCACCCAAAUCCCUCCCAUCCCCAAAGACCGUGCCCCUCACCUGUCAUCAGCCCCCGCCCUCAAACGGACCUCUCUCCUACUAUCAGCCCCUCCCCACACCUCAACUUAUCACCUUACCUAAGCCCAAACCUGUCUCGUCAUCUCAGCCCCUCCCAUCUCAAAAACCACUCUCCUUACCUGAGCCCCUCCCCUCAACUGGACCCCUCCCCUCUCUUCAGCCUCUCUCCUCCUUUGAAUACGUCUCAUUACCAAAGUCCUUCACAUCCCAGAGACCUUUUACCUCACCAACGUCCCCUCCUCAGCCCCUCCUCUCUCAUCAGCGGCUCCCCUCACCUGAGCCCCUCCCCUCGUAUAAGCCCCUACUCUCUCAUGAACCUCUCCCCUCAUUUAGGCCCUUAUCACCACCAUCAUCAUCAUCAUCAUCAUCAUCAUCAUCUCAGGCCCAGUCUCAUCAGCCCCUCCCCUCACUCAGAACAUACCCCUCUCACCAGUCUCUCCCCUCAUUUGAGCCCCUCCCCUCUCAUGGACCGCUCUCCUCACGAUCAUCUCAGGCUCCCCUCACACCGGGACCCCUCCCCUCUCUGCAGCCUAUCUCUUCACUCCCCCUUAGACAGCCUCUCUCCAUGCUUGAGCCCCUCCCCUCACUCAGACUACUCGCCUCUCAUCAGCCUCUCUCCUCACCUCAGCGACUUUCGUCAUCAUCCCCAUCAUCUCAGACGCCCCCCUCACUCAGGGCCCUGCCCUCGCUGCAGUCUCUCUCCAAACUUGAGCCCCCCCUCUCAACACGGCCCCUCCCCCUUCUACAGCCCCUCCACUCUCACAAACCUCUCUCCUCACCUGGGCGACUUUCACCACCGUCACCUCGGGACCUCCUCUCCCAUCAGCGUCUCCCCUCUGACCAGCCUUUCUUCUCACACAAGCCCCUCCCCUUGUUCCAGCCCCUCCCCACUCUGUAACCGCAGCUCGUUCUCUCCCAUGAACAGAUCUCCUCACUCCAGCCCCUCCUUGUCAUUUAGCCCCUCCCUUCACCUCACCCACUCUCCGUUACUCACCCCCUCUCCCCCUCCGACUCCGAC